CGAGCUUUGGCCAUUCGAAAACAGACGAGGACUUCUAAAACCCUCAGAUUAAAUCUCACCCGCGGGUGACGCCACAGUAACCAUGAGCCGCUACGACAACCGCUCCGGCGACCCCACCUCCUACCGUGACCGGCGAAGUGAUUUGGGCUACGGUGGGGCGGCCAGGUCAUCGUCUAGUAGGAAGGAUUAUGAUGGGGCCGAGUCGCCGAGGAAGUUGGAUCUGGAUGGCUUGACGCCUUUCGAGAAGAAUUUCUAUGUUGAGUCACCUGAAGUGGAAGGAAUGACAGAGAGGGAGGUUGAGGAGUAUAGGAAACGGAGGGAAAUUACUGUUGAAGGCCGCGAUGUUCCUAAGCCCAUCAAGAGCUUUCGUGACAUUGGGUUUCCGGAGUAUGUCUUGCAAGAAAUCACAAGAGCUGGAUUUGUUGAACCUACCCCAAUUCAAGCUCAAGGAUGGCCAAUGGCUUUGAAGGGGCGUGAUCUUAUUGGUAUUGCUGAAACAGGAUCAGGAAAGACAUUGGCUUACCUGUUGCCUGCAAUUGUACAUGUCAACGCUCAGCCAAUUUUAUCUCCCGGAGAUGGUCCAAUAGUAUUAGUUUUAGCUCCUACCCGUGAACUGGCCAUUCAAAUCCAAGAUCAGUCUACUAAAUUUGGCGCAUCUUCAAAACUUAAAAGCACAUGCAUCUAUGGUGGAGUUCCCAAGGGACCUCAAAUUCGUGAUCUGCAGAAAGGAGUUGAGAUAGUAAUUGCUACCCCGGGAAGGUUGAUUGAUAUGUUAGAGUCGCAUACUACAAACCUACGAAGGGUCACAUAUCUUGUGUUGGACGAGGCUGAUCGGAUGCUUGAUAUGGGGUUUGAGCCUCAGAUACGGAAGAUUGUUUCUCAGAUUCGCCCAGACCGUCAGACAUUAUACUGGAGUGCGACCUGGCCUAAGGAAGUUGAACAGCUGGCGAGCAAGUUCCUUUACAAUGCAUACAAAGUAAUAAUAGGUUCUCCAGAUUUGAAAGCCAACCAUUCAAUUCACCAGAUUGUUGACAUCAUUACUGAAAAUCAGAAAUAUAACAAAUUGGUAAAGUUGCUGGAGGAUAUCAUGGAUGGCAGCAGAAUACUGGUUUUCAUGGAUACUAAGAAAGGUUGCGAUCAGAUCACUCGGCAGCUUCGAAUGGAUGGUUGGCCCGCCCUCUCCAUUCAUGGAGACAAAAGUCAAGCAGAAAGGGAUUGGGUCCUCUCUGAGUUUAAAGCUGGCAAAAGCCCCAUAAUGACUGCAACUGAUGUCGCCGCUCGUGGUUUAGAUGUUAAGGAUGUGAAAUAUGUAAUUAAUUACGACUUUCCGGGAUCCCUUGAGGACUAUGUCCAUCGCAUUGGCCGAACUGGAAGAGCUGGGGCUAAAGGAACAGCGUACACAUUCUUUACAGCUGCCAAUGCUAGAUUCGCAAAGGAACUGAUUAGCUUACUCGAAGAAGCUGGACAGAAGAUUAGUCCUGAUUUGGCAGCAAUGGGCCGUGGUGCUCCUCCUCCCCCUUCAGGCCAUGGGGGUUUUCGAGACCGCAGUAAGGGGUAUGGUGGCAAUCGUCCCUGGAGUUGAGUGAUAUGGGUUAUAAGUCUUAUAUGCUUGGAGGAAAUCCUGUAACCAUAUUCCUCCAUAUGCCAAUCAGUCAAUCAGACUGUAUUAUGUUCAGAAAACAGGGAUCUUUUUUCUUCAAAGCAAUGAGAUCAGACUUUUGUUUUUUGGAAUGGGCAUCAGGCUCUAUUGAACUAAAUGGAAUCAAGUACACAACUCAGAAUGUAAAACAUGAGAAAGGAAGCUAGGAUGUGUAUCAUUCCAGAUUCCAGUAACAAUUCAGUAAUAGCUUCACUCUUUAACAAUG